UGACCAGCGGCGGGUCACGUGAUGCGGCGCGCGCCGGGCCUCCCAAGAUGGCGGUGUGCAUAGCGGUGAUCGCCGAGAAUUACCCCCUCUACAUUCGCAGCACCCCCACGGAGAACGAGCUGAAGUUCCACUACAUGGUGCACACAUCUCUGGACGUGGUGGAUGAGAAGAUCUCUGCAAUGAGGAAGGCCCUGCUCCACCAGAGGGAGCUGUACCUGGGCCUGCUCUACCGCACGGAGGACUACAAAGUAUACGGCUACAUCACCAACUCCAAGGUGAAGUUUGUCAUGAUGGUGGAUUCCUCCAACACAGCCCUUCGAGACAACGAAAUUUGCAGCAUGUUCCGGAAGCUACACAACUCCUACACGGACGUGAUGUGCAACCCCUUCUACAACCCAGGGGACCGCAUCCAGUCCAGGGCCUUUGAUAACAUGGUGACUCCAUGAUGAUACAGGUGUGCUGAAUGAGCUGUGCUGCCGGCCAUCGCAGAGAAUCCCACGCGCGACCGUGGUGGCCGUUGGUCUAUUCUCGUCGCCUCUUCCUGAGUGGGACGCCCGGGGCUUUCAGGGCAGGUAGCUGUGCAUGUUCUCUCAACUAAAGGUCUUGUGAGAUGA